AUGGAAGCUCCACCACAGCCUGUGCAGUUCAAGCUUGUCUUAAUCGGAGAUGGAGGUGUUGGCAAAACCACCUUUGUCAAGCGUCACUUGACUGGUGAAUACGAAAAGAGAUAUAUCGCCACCGUAGGUGUUGAUGUGCACCCACUUACAUUUUUUACAACUCGCGGUCCAGUCUGCUUCAAUGUGUGGGACACUGCAGGCCAAGAAAAACUUUCAGGCCUUAGAGAUGGCUAUUAUAUUGGAGUUUUUUUUUGAUUAAUUAUUAGUUUUCUAUUGAGAACCUAAUUUAACUAGCUUUCUUCUAUUAGGAUAGCUCUUAUAUUAAAUCCCAUUGUCAUUUUGACUAUAUUUUAUCAGACCAUUUUACUUUUUUAUUAUAAUGGAGGACAAUGUGGUAUUAUCAUGUUUGAUGUGACCUCACGCAUCACAUACAAAAAUGUGCCUAAAUGGCACAGAGACCUCGUAAGAGUCUGCGAAAAUAUUCCAAUUGUGCUGGUUGGUAACAAAGUCGAUGUCAAGGACAGAAAAGUAAAAGCCAAACAAAUCACAUACCACAGAAGACACAACCUCCAGUACUUCGAUGUCUCAGCCAAGUCCAACUAUCAGUUCGAAAAGCCAUUCUUGUGGCUCGCUAGAAGACUCUCAGGAGACGCUAAUCUCAUGCUUGUCGAAGCUCCAGUAUUAGCUCCUCAAGAUGUCCAAAUUGACCCAGAACAAAUGGCAGAAAUCGAAAGAGAAAACGCUGAACUCGCAAGCUUGCAAAACGCUCCACUGCCAGCUGAAGAUGAAGAUGAGAACCUCGGUUAA